UGGAAAAGGUAGUAAAGUAAAGUUAAUCAUCCGUUGUGUGGAUGCCACCGACGGCUGAGAUUAAGACAAAAACGGAAAUAUAAAAUAAAUAAGAAGAAAAAGAAAAACAAAAUCGCGGAAAUAUUCGUGAAUUUUGCCUUGGGACUCAUGGAGAGUCACCUCCAACACAAAAUACAGAAAUACGAGGAAUUCGUGGAUGGACGCCUCAAACCAGACCUUGUUCGCGCCAUUGCUCAACGGGACAAGGUGUUUGAGCAACAAAAAGUUUUCUCGGAUUUGCGGAACAACAUUGAGAAUUUGGAGAAAAACAGUGUAACCAGUCUUAGGACUUUGGUUAACCUUGGCUCUGAAGUCUAUAUGCAAGCUGAUGUCCCGGAUACACGACGCAUAUUUGUAGACAUUGGACUAGGAUUUCAUGUGGAGUUCACCUGGUCUGAAGCUUUAAAUUACAUAUCUCAAAGAGAAGAAAAGAUAGCCAGGCAAAUUGAAGAGUAUACUAACCUUAUUGCAUCAAUCAAAGCCCAGAUAAAGCUGGUAUGCGAAGGGAUCCGAGAAUUACUCCAGCUUCCAGCAGAGAAACGUGCCCCAGAGAGAAUUUUUUGACAUCAACAACUUAUACUUCUGUGUCUUAUGACUUGCAAGUAAAACAAAGACUGUUAGAAAUGCUUGACCAUCAACUAAUGUAAAGUUGAUGCUUAUGCUACCUUAUCAACCAUGGCAUGUUUCAAUGAGGGGAGCAUUUUCCUUGGGCUUCAAUUCACGUCAUUUAUUACUACAUUACUCA